AUGACCAACUCAGUCGAGGACGCAAAACAGACGCUGGUGCAGCGCUUCCGCGCAUGGGGAGAAAACUCCUUCCCCCCAACCCUCCUCGCAUCCCUCAUCACCGCGCAACACAUGCGCCCCUUCCAAUUCUUCCCUAUGCUCUUCCCGCCUGUCCUGCUAUUCACAAGCUACGCCAACAUCCAGGGCUUCAAGACCGACAGCGCGGGGAUCAGCGCCGCGUGGUCGGGUCUGUAUCUGCUGCUCGCGGGCCGACGGCGACAGCCGUUUAUGCAGAGGUGGGGUGCGAGGGGGAUUGUGCGCGGCGCGACGAUGGGAUUGUGUUUGGUGAAUAUGGUGGGUGGGGGAUUGGCGUAUACGUUGGGGAAGAGGGAGGAGGAAGAGGACGGGGAUCAGGCGUGA